AAUGGCAGAUGAGCAGAUGAUGCUCUCAGUCUUUCAUCACUGCUGAUUUGAAUCACACACACACACACACACACACACACACACACACACACACACACACACACACACACACACGCUGCAGCUGCUGCAUGGCUUGUUUCUGGGUUAUGGACACGCGAGUGUGUGUUUAUUUUUUUAUUGGCGAGAGACAGCAAGAGAGAACGAGUGUGGCAUUCUGGGAAGGAGUGAGAGGAAAUGAGAGAGAGAGAAGGAUGAUGGAGGGAUAGAAGACGAAGAGAGACGCAAAACAAAUACGAUUUUAAUCGAGGUGAGAAGGGAGAAGUCCCCUGUAGGUGAAGAUGUCAGGCAUGUCAGAGCUGAGAGAGUGUGAUGAGGCAAGUGAUUCAGUAGAGGGCGACACUGACAUACUCUUGGAGGAAGAAGAGGAAGAAGAUGAAGACGAGGAAGACGAGUCAGCAAGCAAUAAAGAGCUAGUAGAGAGACUCAGAGAGUUGGAGGCGGAGAACACAUCACUGUCUCUGGCAAACGAGAGUCAGAGAGAGGCGUAUGAGCGAUGUUUAGAUGAGGUGGCAAAUCAUGUAGUGCAGGCUCUGCUGAACCAGAAGGACCUGAGGGAGGAGUGUAUAAAGCUGAAGAUGCGUGUGUUUGAUCUGGAGCGACAGAACCAAACUCUGACUGACUUCCUCACACAUAAGCUGCACUUUUCCUCCUCACCUUUACACCAGCUGUCGUCAGUAUCGUGUGCAGAUCACAGAUCAGAUGCAUCGCUGCUCGUCAGUGAGACCCCAGACCCCGUGGCCUCUCAGGGCAAAGUGACGGACAGUGAUGAAUGCACACAAAACACACCUGAGAACUCAACUCAAGCUUCAGCGUCCUCCAUGGAAGCUAUGUCUCCAUUCCUCAAGAAGAAAGCACACAUCCUGGAGGUUCUUCGUAAGCUUGAGGAAUCAGAUCCCCUGAAGUUUCAUCCAUCAGCUUGCUAUCAUCAUCAUCAUCAUCAUCAUCAUCCUCACAGGCAGUCACUUUUAGCAGGAGAAGUGAGUAGCAUGCUGAACCCGAGUCCACAUCAGCACCAGUGUAGACAGUCUAGUUCAGAUUCUGAUCUUCAUGAACACACUCAUGGUAUUGGUGAGGGACAAAAGGACAGUUGUGCAUCAAUAAACUUUGGAGGUUGCCCAUCUUGCCACAUCCUGCAACAGAGAUCAAGCCUGGAGUUGCUUAAGGUUAAUCAAGGACUAAGUGUGCCAUCAGGUUCUGGUAUAGAUGAAAAGAAGGAACAGAUGUGUUCAGAAGAACGUGGUGCUUCAGGACAGAUUACCGAAAAAGCACUAGGUCCAGACAAGACCAAUCAGCCUAGCUCAGAAGACCCAAAGAUUAAGUGCAACAAAAGACAAUCAAGCAAGGUAUCACCUUCAAAGUCAAAAGGUACUAAUAAUCAUCACAACGAUAAGAAAUCUGAAACUAUUUCAUCACCAAAGGGGGGGAGACCGAAGGAGACCCUCAGAGUUGCCACACCAUCUGAAAUACAACAGCCUGAGAUCUGCAAUGGAAUCUCCAAGAAAACAUCAGUUGGAUCAUAUUCUUCAGCCUCACUGCCAGAGAGAAGUACAGCAGCAUUUUCACAGCAGCCAACUGCUGAAAAAAAGCCUAGACAAAGUCCAGUGUCAUUGUGUGGUGAGUCUAAACCGUCAACAUCGAUGCUCCUGAAGUUGCUCAGGAUACCUUCAGCAUCUGAGAACAUGGCAUCACGUUUGAGUCCUCAACUGACACGAAAUUCAAAAAUCCCUUGCAGGAAUAACUAUGAAAUGCAGACACAAAAGGCGACCACAACAGAACGAACUAUCAGCCCUGAAGUGGGUUCACACCCGGGCACCCAUUCAGCUCCAACAUCUCCACCAAAUCCUGGGGAAACAUCUUCCAUUCAUAUGAGAGUUCCAGACUUUAGUAGUCAGUCUGCCCCUAAACCAAGCAAGGAUUCUAAGGCAGGUGCUCAGGUACCUAACUAUGAAAAUGUUGUUGGGCCAUCCACUUCCAACUCCACCACAGCUACCAAAGACACCACAGAACUUUCUGAAAAGCAUAAAAUGAACUGGAGAGAUGAAAAGGUCCACAAUCCACUUUCCUCUGAUUCAUCAACGAGCACAAGUGAGUCUUCUUCCUCCUCAUCAGAUCAGGACACAGACACAGAAAGUCCAGUUUGGCAAAGAUCUCAGCACCAUUUCAGCCUCCCAAACUCAUCAUCUUCUGCUAAUAAAUCCCAGAGGAUGAGCUACCCUAGCAUGAAAGAUGGAUAUAAUGAAAGAGGACCUACAGCUGCAUCUCCAAAGGGUGGAUCUUCUAGUGCAUCUCAGUUUGUGGUCAAAAGAAGAGACAGACAACUAUCAGUGCAAGACAGGAAAGAAAUCAGCAGCAGCUACAGUGAGAUGAGUUAUCAUCCCUUCAAAGAACGCUUGGCAGUCCUUGGAAGAUUGCAAAAUGUAGAAGAUCUGCAUCAGCUAGGAGUAAAAAGAGGGGCACAAGUAAGCAUUAUCAGAGGUGCUGCAUCCACUGGGAAAGGAGAACGAAGCAAAACGGCAGAAAGACAAAUCGAGAGAAUCACAAUAGAGCAGCGAAAACACUCCGGCAUAGAAGAAAAAUCAUAUCCUAAAAAUAGCUUUGGCAGUUAUGCCAAGGUCCAUGCAUCAUCAGCAGCUGCAGCAGGACGGAAGAACAUCACAAAGCCAGACAGUCAGAAGACCAGAGCAGGAUUGCCUUUGACAGCCUCAUGUGAGACUCUGGUAGUAAUGAGAAGUUACGGGAAGUGUCCCAAUCCCAUGAACAAAACUGUACCAAGUCCCCAGAAUAGUCCUGCCAGAGGGAAAUCCAAGUCUCCAUCCAAGGCUGGAAAUGCCUCUUCUUGUCCUCGAGGAAUGAAACCAGUUCCGGAGGAGCAACUAAACAUUCAGAAGCAUCAGUCACCCAAACCCACUGCUGGUAAGAAAAAGACUUUUACACAUGUAGACACCUUCCCUCCUCCCCUUCCAUCAAAAUCUGCACUCAGCUCAGCCAAGGCCACUCAGGACAAAAGACCUUCUGUUCCACAGUCCUCUAUUGAACAGAAGGUGAUGCAAGGAAUCCAGGAGAAUGUGCUUAAACUGCAGGUACAGGAUCGAGGACAAGCUGCAGAAACAAAACAGAAAGCAUCCAAUGGGAUUGCGAGUUGGUUUGGGUUGAAGAAAAGCAAGCUUCCUGCCCUGAGUCGCAAACCUGAAAUGUCCAAAAUCAAAUCAAACGCGUCUUCAACGUCCGCUUCUUCAGGAACCAAAGACAUCUUGGGGGACAAGGGAGGGUCCAGGAAAGUAGUGGAAAGUUUAAACAUCUCAAAGCUCAUGGAGAAGGCAGAGGAUUUACGGAAGGCUUUGGAGGACGAAAGGGUUUAUGUGAAAGGAGUCGGAAUUCCGCUGGAUCGUUCAGCGAGAGGGCGUUCGUGUGAAGUUAUUGUGGACCAAACACAAGGGCAGUUAUCUCUGAUGUACACAGGAGUGACCGGGGACAGCUUCAUGCAGCAGCUGCUCAACAGGGUGGAUGAAAGAGGAGCCUCCAGUUUUGGCAUCAUGCACAGGCGUCUUUCCUUCGACUCCAAAAGUUCACAUCCUGUUUUCAGCCAUCAGCAAAGCUUCGUCCGUCAAACCAGGAGCGGAGAGGAGAUAAAAUGUUCAGAAAUGAGUCGAGGUGAUGACGUGACGUCUGACGAGAGCCUGACCGAGUCCGUCAGCUCACAGCACUUUAAAGGCUCCAUGCGCACUCUGGACAGUGGGAUUGGGACGUUUCCGCUUCCCGACUACAUCAACAACGCUGCCGGAAAACUGAACCCUAAACUCCACAGCUCAUGUGUUUCUCACCAAGCAGCACUGAAACCUCGAAAAACACGAACCCUCGAGGGAGGACUGGCAUCUUUAGACGAAGUGAACACUUCUGUUCUCUACACGUCUCCACUAGAGGCCAAGGGGACAAGUGUCCAUCAGUCCAGCACCAUCCAUGAAGACAUUGAUGCCUAUGGUGCUCAUUUCCAAGCCCCGCCCUCUGCAAACUGGGCGUUUCCCAAACCGAGAGGCUCCGAGGGACAGGCGGAGCCACAGAGUCAACAAACACCCAAACAGACUUUGGAUAAAGUUCCUCAGGUUCCUCGUGAUGUGGAACCAAGAAACCUUUCACCAACAGGAGGGCGAAGGGGGAGGAGUCAAAGUCGUGGAGCCCAGGACACGGUGAAAGAUGGAAAGGCAGAAUUAAUGAAGGAACGAAGUGAAGAACUUUUAUCUCCUAACCGGCCUCAAACGUCUGAAACCCCAGAAUCCCUCAGCGACUCUCUGUAUGACAGUUUGUCCUCGUGUGGGAGUCAGGGAUAACGAAGAAAUAAAUAAAAGGAAAAACAUUGUAAAGUGAGAACAUCUCCUGCUGAAGGUCCAAAAGUGAGAACAUCUCCUGCUGAAGGUCCAAAAGUGAGAACAUCUCCUGCUGAAGGUCCAAAAGUGAGAACAUCUCCUGCUGAAGGUCCGAAAGUGAGAACAUCUCCUGCUGAAGGUCCAAAAGCAGGAUCUGAUCCUUCAGCAGCUUUCACACUAACAUCUGACUUCUGAACUGAAAUAAUGAAAAAAUCCGAAGUGAGGAAAAAUAUCAGCUACGUUCUGCACUAAAACACACACACACACACACACACACACACACACACACACACACACACACACACACACACACUCUCUCUCUCUCUCUCUCUCUGGCUGCAUUUACACUUGGCAUUACAAUGUGACCUGUAUAUGGAUGAUGUUCACACAUGCAUUAAAAACACAUCUGAUUGUUAUACGACUUUAAUAUAUUGUAAUACACAUCGUCACCUGGUUCAGUCUGUCUGUGGUGGGCGUGUGCUGAGGGAAGCCACGCCCACGUGUCACCUGGUUCAGUCUGUCUGUGGUGGGCGUGUGCUGAGGGAAGCCACACCCACAUGCCCAGAUGCCACCGCCGCUGCACGUUGCCGUGGUUUCACGACACAAUUAAGCAGUAGAUCACGAAUAGAAUGAAAAGUUUGCUUUUGCAUCUGAAAUGUAAAGUAAACACAUUCAGUGUGUAAAGUAAACACAUUCAGUGUGUAAAGUAAACACAUUCAGUGUGUAAAGUAAACACAUUCAGUGUGUAAAGUAAACACAUUCAGUGUGUAAACACAUUCAGUGUGUAAACACAUUCAGUGUGUAAACACAUUCAGUGUGUAAAGUAAACACAUUCAGUGUGUAAACACAUUCAGUGUGUAAACACAUUCAGUGUGUAAAGUAAACACAUUCAGUGUGUAAACACAUUCAGUGUGUAAAGUAAACACAGUGUCUCAGACCCACAGGCUGCUCUUUACUGCUCCCAUUACACCAGCUCCACCUUCAUGAUGUUUACAACCUCUUCAUCCUUCUCCUUUUAUUAGGUUUGUAAAAAUGUCCUACGACUAAAAAUAGAUUUAAAAAUAAAUAUUUUCAUUUCAGAUCGACUUUGUGGAGACUUAUUUAAAUAUUGUCACGUGAGUGUAAACAUACUGUGUCCUGAUUGGCUGAAGAUGUGACAUAUGAAAGUGACGUGACGUACCGCUAAGUACGGUGACCCAGACGUUCUCUGCAUUUAACCCACACAGCAGUGAACACACACACAGCAGUGAACACACACACAGCAGUGAACACA